CCACAGGAGCCGGUCGGCUGAGCAGCAGAACCCACAGCCCGGCUCCUUAUCCGGACCAGCACCCAGCCCGGAGUCUGCACCCACCCCGGGAGCACACACCAUGAUCUACACAGUGACGGUGGCCACGGGCCACCAGUGGUUCGCGGGCACGGACGACUACAUCUUCCUGACGCUGGUGGGCAGCGAGGGCAACAGCGAGCGCACACUGCUCGACAAGCCGCUGUACGAUGACUUCGAGCGGGGAGCGGUGGAUUCCUACGCCAUGACCGUGUCGAAUGAUCUUGGGGAGAUCCUGUUGGUGAAGAUCGAGAAGCGCAAGUACUGGGUGCAUGAUGACUGGUACUGUAAAUAUAUCACCAUCAAAACCCCCCAGGGUGAAUACAGGGAGUUCCCCUGUUACCGGUGGAUUGCUGACGACAAGGAGGUCGAGUUACGGGAUGGGAAAGCAAGAUUACCCCGUGAUGACCAGACUCAAAUCGCUAAACAGCAUCGACGCAGGGAGCUGGAGCAGAGGCAGAAGUUUUACAGGUGGAAGGAAUGGCAUCCCGGUUUCCCGCUGAGCAUUGACGCAAACUCCCACAAGGAUUUGCCCCGAGACAUCCAGUUUGACACGGAGAAAGGAGUGGACUUUGUGCUGAACUACUCCAAGGCGAUGGAGAAUCUGUAUCUGAAUCGAUUCAUGUACAUGUUUCAGACUUCAUGGACUGAUUUUGCUGAUUUUGAGCAGAUCUUUGUCCGAAUUAGCAAUACAAUUUCAGACUACGUCAUGCAGCACUGGCAGGAGGACUUCAUGUUCGGCUACCAGUUCCUCAACGGCUGCAAUCCUGUCGUUUUUGAGAAGUGCAACAAACUCCCGGACAACUUUCCAGUCACUACUGAAAUGGUGGAUACCAGCCUGGAACGGAACCUCACCCUAGAGGAAGAGAUUAAGGAAGGUAACAUUUACCUGGCAGACUAUAAGAUCUUGGAUGGAGUUCCUGCCAACGCUACUGACCCCUGCACCAUGCAGUACCUGACAGCACCCAUCUGCUUGUUGUACAAUAACUUAAGGAAGAAGCUGGUCCCCAUCGCAAUCCAGUUGAAACAGGAACCUGGCCCUGAAAACCCAAUCUUUCUCCCCACUGAUGCAAAGUAUGAUUGGUUACUGGCCAAAAUCUGGGUGAGAUCAUCUGACUUCCACGUACAUCAGACUGUCACCCAUCUUCUGCGGACGCACCUUAUCUCGGAAGUGUUUGGCAUAGCUAUGUAUCGCCAGCUCGCAGCCGUCCACCCGCUCUUUAAGUUGUUGCUGCCUCACGUCCGAUAUACGAUUGCGAUCAACACAAAAGCGAGGGAGCAGCUGAUUUGUGAGUGUGGUCUCUUUGACAAGGCGAACGGCACUGGCGGCGGUGGUCAUGUCCGCCUGGUGCAGCGUACCAUGGAGGACCUCACGUUCCAGUCACUCUGCUUUCCUGAGGCCAUCAAGAUGCGGGGAGUUGAGAGCAAGGAGAGUCUGCCGUACUAUCACUACAGGGAUGAUUCACAGAUGGUCUGGGAUGCUGUGCUGGGCUUUGCCACAGAGGUAGUCAACAUAUAUUACGAUGAUGAUGAAGCUGUUCAGACAGACACUGAGCUGCAGGCCUUUGUGAAGGACGUGUUUGUCUAUGGGCUCAAAGCCAAUAAAAGUUCAGGAUUCCCUAAAUCAGUGAAGACGAUUCGGAAGCUCAUCGAGUACGUGACCGUGAUAAUAUUCACCACUUCCUGCCAGCAUGCUGCAGUCAAUUUUGGGCAGUACGACUGGUGCUCCUGGAUCCCAAAUGCCCCAUCCACAAUGCGGCGUCCUCCUCCCACGGAGAAGGAGGUUGUGGACCUGGAGUACAUCAUAGAGAGUUUACCAGACAGGGGGCGGUCAUGUUGGCAUCUGGGCGCAGUGUGGGCACUCAGCCAGUUCCAGGACAACGAGCUAUUUCUUGGAUCGUAUCCUGAUGAACAUUUCAUAGAGCAGCCUGUCAAGGAGGCCAUGGAAAAUUUCCAGAAGAAUCUCCAAGGAAUUUCAAAUCGCAUUGCAGAAAGAAACAAGGAUAAGAAGCUGCCUUAUUAUUAUGCAUCUCCAGACAGAAUCCCCAACAGUGUUGCAAUGUAGGAGUUGGGGGCAGGGAGGUCCUUUCUGGUGUUCUGGAACUAGCGCUCUGUCUGCUUGGUCCAUGUUUGCUGCCCGCUCUGCUUGUUUGCCCUCAGCCAGCAACCUGUGAGGACAUUCUUCAUCGAGGUCUUUGAACUGCCUUCUGCUCGAAUCCUGCUGAGGAGGUUUGAUGGUGGUUCCAGCAGUGCCAGCCUCUGGCGCACUGGAUGGGACCUUCUCCUUCAACUCACCAGACCAGCAAACGCCUCAGCUCAGCUUGUUCCAGUCUUGUUGCCAUUUCAUAACUUGUUCACAUUUGCUUUUUUCACUUUGAAGGGAACCACUGCUGACAAGGCAGCACUUUCAGGUUGAGAAAUUUCUUCAGAUCCUAAUGAAUCUAAAGAAGGGUCUCGACCCAAAAUGUCACCCAUUCCUUCUCUCCAGAGAUGCUGCCUGUCCCACUGAGUCACUCCAACAUUGUGUGUCUCUCUCUUUUCAUCAGCUUUGCGGGGACAGCUGGACUACUGAGUUUAUCACCAUUCAGGAAUAUUCUCAAAGGCAAUAAAUACCAGCCCCGCCUGUGUUGCCAAGGUCCUGAGAAUGAGAUGAGCCCUGUAUACUUCUAUCAGGAGCUCCCUGCUCUUGCCUUCACUGUCCGAGCCAUCAUAUGUGAUCAUUAUACUGCUUGCUCCACCAUUCCCAGGGGAUCGUGAAUGUCUAUCCCUGGGUCCUGGAUAUCCCUGGCGCUAGGAGCUGUCCAUGCUGGAGGCUGCGAUGUCCACCAAAACCUUGUGCCAACUGUCUGACAUCUGCGGUGACCCUCACUGGUAUCACCGUUCCAAGCCUGAGGCCAUCAUGAGGCAUCUGACAGCAUGUCCCCACACACACCAGAUGACCAGGUGAUUCCAUUAAACUUGAGAGAUACAGCUACAGGCCCUUCAGCCCACCGAGUCUGCAUCGACCAGCGAUCACCCCACACACUAGCACUAUUUUUCACACACUAGACAAUUUACAAUUUUACCAAAGUCAAUUAAUGUUGAACCCUACACGUCUUUGGAGUGUGGGAGGAAACCGGAGUACUCUACCGCUGCACCACCGUGCCUCCCCAAGUCCCUUGACUUUGUCCAUUUUCAACAUUGUCAAAACCUGUGUUGAUAUUCAUUCAAACUAUUAAAUUACUUUUUAUCCCU